CAGGAGGCGGGAGGCUCUCUUGUGCCUGCCUGCCUCGCGGAGCUCCAUGGUGACGGCGGCUCGGCCCGGCGGAUAUUUACACAUGAUGCGAGAAUUUGUUUAAUGUCAUACUUGGGAGUUAUGGCAGCACAUUGGAUGAGAAUGCUGGUGAUGCUUCUAGCAGCUCAGGCGUUGCUUAUGGUAAAUAGUUUUGAGGAUGAAGAUGUUCCUGCAGAAUGGAUUCUUCUUCAUGUUGUUCAAGGUCAGAUUGGAGCUGGAAAUUACAGUUACUUGAGACUAAAUCAUGAGGGGAAGAUCGUGCUUCAGAUGCAGAGCUUAAAAGGUGAUGCAGAUUUGUAUGUAUCUGAUAUGACUCUUCACCCCAGCUUUGAUGACUAUGAGUUACAAUCUGUAACUUGUGGCCAAGAUGUUGUUCACAUACCAGCACACUUCCGUCGCCCAGUAGGAAUAGGAAUUUAUGGUCACCCCUCUCAUCAGGAGAGUGAAUUUGAAAUGAAAGUAUAUUAUGAUCGAACAGUUGUACAAUAUCCCUUUGGUGAGGCUUCCUACAACCGAGACGAGAUGGAGGCAAGCCAGAAACAGUUGCAUUCAGCAGAAGAUGAAACUCAGGAUGAAGAGUCUGUUUUUUGGACUAUAUUUAUUGGAAUCUUGAAGCUAAUACUUGAAAUUCUUUUUUAAAAUAACCAACUGGACAUACACACUGGGCUAGUGCACUUACAACCUGUGAAAUUGAACAUGAAUAAUUUGCUGUGAGCAUUGGUACUUUUUUUGGUAAAGUUUCCUGAAGAGGUAUUUGGGUUAACUUUUCUAUGCUGGAGAGGGGAAAAGAAAAGCCAUAUCUAACUUUCUGUCGUAAAUCCUACCAUACAUAAAAUGAACAGCAAGCACAGUAUUCAUAGUUUUCUUUAUAGAUCAGGGUUGAACAAUGAAUGUACAAAGGGAACUUCAUAAAAAUUCUCCAUUACUUUGAAUAGGUGCUUUAGAAAAAAAAUGGACUUUGAUAAUUCAAUGUAUUUUCUAUUAAAAUUACUAUUUUAUAUGAAGAAAAGUUGUAAAAUCUGAGAAGCUGCAGUUCUAACAUCCCCUCUCAAUUUAAAAUAAAGAACUAAUUUUCUAA